GGUCCAACGGGGCAGAGCGCCCGGUCAAGACUCGCUGUGGGGGUUACGUCACACUCAGUCGAAUGGCCUCUGUGAAGCCCCGAGCGCCGCUGGUGAAAACCGCACCACACGAAAGCCCCGUUACCUUGGUGUUCCCAAACACAACACGGGGCAGCAGGCCACACGGACCGGGUGGUUCCGCAGCGGUCCCCCCCUUCCCCGAGCGUUGCAGGUGCAGCAGGAGCUAGCGCCGGGCAAAUAACGAAGUGGCGUUUGUGGAUUGGCUCUGUUUUGGGACCGCACACGGCCAUGGCGGCUCCCAGCCAGCCCGCGCCGAGACGGGACUCCCGCCGGGCAGCGAAGGCGGCGGCGGCGGUCGUGACGCCGGACAAGGACUCGCACGCCGGCGGCCCGUUCGGCCUGCGGGUCCGGCUGCGGGACACGGGGGAGCUGUACAGCGUGGCGGAGUGUCGGGCCGGCACCCGGGUCAAGGAGCUGAAGACGGCACUGGAGCUCGUGGCAGGAAUCCCCACGGAAUUCCAGCGGCUGUCCUACCUGGACGAAGGCGACAUGCCGGACGAGUCCACCCUCAGGUUCAACGACGUGGUCCCGGGCGGCACGGUCACCCUGACGGUGUGGCGCCAGGGCGGCUGGGCGGAGCUGGUGCGGGCUGCUGCAGCUGGGGACGUUCCGAGGCUCCAGUCUCUCUUGCCAAGGGGGAGCAGUCUGUGUGCGUCCCGGGACUGUGGGGCUGCCCCCGAGAUGACAGCGUGGCAGGCUCGCCGCGCCUUCUCGGCACUGUUCAUCAGCGCACACCGCGGGCACCUGCCAGCCGUCCGCUUCCUGCUGCACAACGGUAAGAGCCGGCGCGCGCUCCAGCGUCCUUCCUCCCACUGCCGCAGAGGGGGUUUGCUUUGCAGGCAGGUAAGAGGCGCGACACGAUACAUUUCACACAGCGGGGACCCGUGAGCAAAUAAGAGGCACACCUGUGUGAUGAGGAAGAAAAUCGAAAUUUAUAAAGUAAAACAUUCCAUCAAUUGAACAAGUUAAGCAGCUUAAUAGCUGUUGAAACAACUUGGUUCUGUGGCACAUGAAACUGGGUUGAACAUGAGCCUUCACUAUCCUGCUCAGUGUUUUAAUUGUGUGUAUUAAGGUUCCCAAUCCAGGCUACUGCAGUGAAUGUCAGGACAGAUUCAACUUUCUGUAGAAUAAAGUCGUCGUUGUACCACACCCA